CAGGAGGCACACAGGAAAGGGGGACGCAGAAACUGAGAAGGACAGAGAGAGAGAGAAAGAGAGAUAGAGAAAGAGAGAGAGAGGGCAAAUAAAAGUGGAGACAGGUUUAUUUUACGCACGGGGGGUGAAACCGAGGAAGAGGAGGGUGAAGGAGCGCUGGAUUUGUUUUCCUCAGAACGUGUCUCCUCUCACUCCCAUGACUCCGGGAGGAUUCCAGCUGAACGCAGCCGCUCCGGAGGAAUUGAUGGUGUCUGCUGGGGGACGCGGAGCCGAGGGGAGGAAUCUGAGCGCGCUGGGCUGAACCAUGCCGACCCUGUGGAUCCUAACUUUGGCGAUCUCCCUGAGCCGAGUGUGGUGCGUCCGCUUCUCCCAGGAGCCUGCGGACCAGUCGGUGGUGCUGGGAGAACGGGUGGUGCUGUCCUGCCUGGUCUUCAACUACAGCGGCAUCGUCCAGUGGACCAAGGACGGCCUGGCGCUGGGCAUCGGCGAGGGUCUGAGAGCCUGGCCCCGGUACCGGGUGCUGCGGCAGUACGACAUCGGCCAGUACAACCUGGAGAUCUCCAACGCCGGGCUGUCCGAUGACUCCCUGUACGAGUGUCAGGCCACGGAGGCCGCGCUGCGCUCCAGGAGGGCAAAGCUCAAUGUGCUCAUCCCCCCCGAGGACCCGGUGGUGGACGGAUCCCCGGAGCUCCUGCUGAUGGCCGGGACUCCGUUCAACCUGACCUGCGUGACCCGCGGGGCCAAGCCUGCAGCACACAUCCAGUGGACCAAGGAUGGAGUCGCUGUGGAGGGAGCCCACCAGUCCACGGAGGUGCUGCCGGACAGGAAGAGGGUGACCACCAGGAGCUACCUGCCCCUCAUGCCAUCCGACACUGACAGCGGCAGCAACUUCACCUGCGUGGCCAGCAACCCGGCAGUGCCCAUGGGCAAACGAGCCACCGUCGCCCUAAACGUCCACCAUCCACCCACGGUGACGCUGUCCAUCGAGCCUCGCUCCGUCCUGGAGGGGGAGAGAGUCACCUUCACCUGCCAGGCCACCGCCAACCCUCCCAUCAUGGGCUUCAGGUGGGCUAAAGGGGGCGUGCUGCUGGACGGGGCCCGGGAGAGCGUGUUCGUCACCACAGCAGAUCACUCCUUCUUCACCGAGCCCGUGUCCUGUCAGGUGUUCAACGCCGUGGGGAGCACCAACGUCAGCAUCCUGGUGGACGUGCACUUUGGCCCAAUUCUGGUGGUGGAGCCGCGGCCGGUGACAGUGGACGUGGACUCUGACGUGACCCUGAACUGUAAGUGGUCUGGAAACCCUCCUCUCACCCUCACCUGGACCAAGAAGAGCUCCAGCAUGGUGCUGAGCAACAACAACCAGCUGCACCUGAAGUCCGUGAGCCAGGCGGACGCAGGUCAAUACGUCUGCAAGGCCAUUGUGCCCCGGAUCGGAGUGGGAGAGACGGAGGUGACGCUCACCGUCAACGGUCCCCCCAUCAUCUCCAGUGAUCCGGUGCAGUACUCUGUCAGAGGCGAGAGAGGAGAGAUCAAGUGCUACAUCGCCAGCACCCCGCCGCCCGAUAAGAUCGUCUGGGCGUGGAAGGAGAACGUGUGGGAGAAGGAGAAGGGCACCCUGAUGGAGAGGUACACGGUGGAGCAGAGCAAACCUCCGUCUCAGGGCGGCGCUGUCCUCUCCACCCUCACCAUCAACAACGUCAUGGAGUCGGACUUCCACUCGCCGUAUAACUGCACCGCCUGGAACGCGUUCGGACCCGGCACCAUGAUCAUCACCCUGGAGGAGAAGGAUAUUGUUCCAGUGGGAAUUAUCGCCGUCAGUACCGUGGGCUCCUCCAUUCUGCUGCUUAUGUUUCUACUGGCACUCGGCUUCUUCCUCUACCGCCAACGCAAAGGCAGUCGCCGGGGUGUCACCCUGGGUAAACCAGACAUCAAGGUGGAGACAGUCAACAAAGAGACCCACAGCCUGGAGGAGGAGGCGGCCAACGUCUCCACAGCAACCCGGAUGGUCAAGGCCAUGUACUCCUUUCUGCCCUCUGUUUCCCUCUCUCCCUCCACUCAGCCGUUCAAAGACGACAUGGACCUGAAGCAGGAAGUGCGGAGCGAGAGCGACACCCGGGAGGAGUACGAGCUCAAGGAUCCAACCAACGGCUACUACAACGUCCGAGCCACCACCCACGAUGAGGCGCGCCCCCAGUCCCGGGCCAUCCACUACCAGGGAGAGUUCCGACCCCCGAACCCAAACAGUGGGCCAGCCGGGGCCUCGCCCGGCGGACCCUCGGCCACCCCCGGCGGUGCAGUUCCCCCCAGCGGAGUGCCAGGCUCAAGGACAGGCUGCUAUGACCCCCGCCCGCCUUCCAGGAUGUCCCACGCCAGCUACGCCCAGUUCAACACUUUCUCCAGGCCGCAGCCGAGCCAGCAAGCCCCCCCCAACCCGACUCUUCAAUCGCCCGGAGAUUACCCGGGAGACUGCGGCAUGAUGGAGAGCACAACCCAGAUGGCCUAUGACAACUACGGAUACCCCUCCCAGUAUCCCAGCUACCGCAUGGGCUUUGCCCCGCCCAUAGAGGAAGGGCCAUCCUAUGAGAUGUAUGCAACAGGACAAGGGAGCGGGCCAGGACCAGGGCCAGGACCAGGACUAGGACCAGGACCAGGACUAGGACCAGGACCAGGACAUGGGCCAGGACCCGGCCAAGGACAAGGACCAGGGCCAGGACCUGGACCGGGACAACAAAGUCCUGAAACAGGGCUGGGGAAUUACGGAAGCUCCACCCGCUUCUCAUACUCGUCUCCACCAUCUGACUAUUCCCAGAGACACACACAGCGGAUGCAGACUCAUGUGUGAGAACACACACAUACACACACACACACACACACUUUUGACUGACUUUUUGCAUCAGCAGCACUUAUACCACAUGAAGAAACUUUGAAACAAAAACAAAACAUUCAAGGAUCUGGUGCAUGGAAGUCAAGUUAAUGUUCAAAAACCUAAAACAACACAUCAUUUCACAGCAGCAUCGCAUACACAAUAGGUAGCAGCAAUACAACACGUGCAAAGCCACAGUCACACACAAUCGCGCAGCCCUUCUGUUGCAUGCUUCGACACGAGCAACAGACACAAUCAUGAGCAAAGAGCGAUGAAGAGAGGAGCGAGCACUUUGAGGACCAGACAAAAAGAGGAGCAGCGUAACAAAAGAAACUUCUCCUCCUGCGAUCCUCGUUUCUCCUCUUCGAUCUUCUCCCUGCAUCACCCCCCCCCCCCCCGCCUCUGUAAAUAAGUGCAACUUCACAUUCAGAAGUCAUUUCCUUGUACAAAACCUUAAACAGUGGGAUGCAGCAAACUUCCCUGUAAUCCACACGUUUUGCAUAUUCUAACUUUUGCAAAACAUACACACACACAGACACACACACACACACACACACAGAGACACACACACACACAGGUCUUUAAAGACUCAUUUGUUUCUAUACAUUGCAGCAACAGGGCAGCUUGGACUAUAACCACAUCUGGCACUUUGUGAUCCUCUCUCCUCACUAUAACCUACCGAGCUCUACCUUGAUUUGAGCGGGACAAAUCUUCCUGAGGCGGUGCAGUGAGCGACCGGAGUGCCAAUGCGUGCGUGCCAACACACACAGACUUUGAUCGAGGUGUGUCUCCUCUUUUUGUAAAGUGUACGUGACGAGAUGCUCCGGACGCCACAUCGGAGAGGAGAGGUAGCAAGCGUCUCUGGAAACUCCUUCUCCUCCUCAUCUCUCACUUUUAUCAUCAUGAUGCAUUUCUCUACUUCACAUUUCACUCAAGGUCGAAGCCGUAAACUGUAUUUGUGAAGCGAAGUGUGGCGGGAGCGCGUUUCUUUUUGUUUUAAGCAUUUAAGCAUUUUGUACAGAAAAGAUACCUCCCCUGUCCUCAAGUGUCAAAAAAAAGUAUUUGUUUCUCUCACUUGCACAGUAGAAUAGAUUUUUUUUCCAUAUUUAUACCAGAAACGCGAGUGGAAAGAAAUGGCAUUACAUUUUAUAGUAUUUUUAUAAGGAGUUGUGGACCAAAGGUUCCGAGUUAUUGGGUGACACUCGCUUUGUAACGUGGCAACGUGAUCGUUCCUGGAAACCUUUUGAGUUUCUUUAAAAAGAGAUGGAUGGUAUUUUUAAAGCGGAUGUUGUAGAUUUAAAUUAGAAAUAAAAAAUGAAGAGAUUCAUUCCAAAGUGGUGAAAUCUCUUCGGGGGGGUUUCUCUGCUUGGUGUGAAGCUCUUCCUUCGACUUCCGGUCUUGUGACUGGACUGCCUUUUUGUAAACGUCGACGACAUUCAGAGCGAUGGAUGGAGAAGAAGCUGCUGCUCACUUUGAGCCGGCUGCAAACUUUCUAACUGAUGAGAAGGUUCACGUGUAGUUUAACAUAUCAAACUGAAGGUACAGAGAAGUCCUGGAGCUCCGAUGGUACUUUGUACAUUUAUCUGUAAGUACGCUGGUUCCCUCACUGCAACGGAAACUUUGUACGUCUGAGCUUUUUACCCAUUUCGUUGUGUCAGCCUUGUCGUUUGUGUGUGUGUCCGUGUGUGUGACUGCGGCUUUUGACCACACAGCUCGUGAUGAUCUGUGUUUAAAUAUAUAUCUUUUUUUUGCUCUAACAUCAAAUGAUGAACACAAAUGUCACGUUCGUCUGCUUUGUCUCCAAACGCAAAAGAAGGACAAAAGAAGCCGCGUUGCUUUGUGUGCUUUUCCAUUAAUGAAUUAAAACUCUGAGCAGUUCACAAAAGGCUUUUUAAAGGCCGAACAAUGUGGAUUAUUAUCUGCGUAGCGAGUACAACUGCAAAGUUUGAAUAAUAAGCUGAAAGAGGAUUGAGUGGCUGAUACAAAACGUUAUAUUAAGUAGGAAUUGCUGAAAACGGCGUGUUAUAACUUCCUCACAUUGGUUUUCAGACAUUUCAUUUGAGCUGUAGAGAUUUUUCUUUUCAAGUGCAAACUAAUUUUCUUGUCACAACAGUGCACUAGAAAAUCCGUUUUGGCCUGAUUCAUGUACAAAUUCUGUAUUUCACCUCAACAGGAAAUUAUUCGACUUCUUCUAACUUGCAUAAUAUUUGACUUGCUAAGUAACUGAGAUUAAAUUCUACAUCUUUCACUCUUUUUUAAACUUCUGCUGGUGACCACGUGGAAACUCCUUCAACGAUUCGUCUCUAACUUCUCCUGAGGGCACAUCUGUUUUAUUCCACAGACAAAGUGAAGGAGGGAAUUCCACAGAGACACACCCACUUACUAUCUGCACCAGGUUAUUCAGCCUUUAAAAAUGAUGGAUGGCGCUUUGCAAAAGAUCAGAGGCCACAAGGGUGAAGCCAGGAAUCUCAGCACCUCUAUCACUAAUCAUUGAGUGUUAAUACUCAUAAGCCGCCGCAUCAAACCUUCCCAGAUACAGUAUAUUAUGGUAAUUUUCUCAUAUUUAUUGCCCCUAUUUUGAAUAAACACUCUGAAAAAGGAAAUCAUCUCUGAUUAGAAUAUCAGAUCGAACCUUGUAGCUUCAAGGUCACGAUAUAAAACCACUACCGCAGUUAUGGAGAGAAGAAUGGCAGAUGGAGCACCCUUUUAAAUUGAUAUGGUUAUCACAGCCUUGGUACUGCAUACUAUUACCUCUUUACAACCGUUUUACAGAGUUGUAGCGGCGCCGUCGCCUCUUCUGCAUCCGACUCACAAUGUCGUCAUGACCUUGUGUGGAAAGAGUUUGACACCGAGGAGCCACCACAGCCGGCAGACACACAACGGGGUCCUCGUCGUUACCUUUUAACCAAUCAUGGUCUGUUGACGGUGCGGAGAUAUGAAUCUAUUAAAUACACCUCCGAUGCCACGAGUGCUAAAGGGAUGUUUGGAUUCGGUUCUGCGAUGAAAAGAUGAUGAAGGUGAGGAAUGGAAUGUAGAGGUGUUGUCUCCUCCUCUUCCUCACAUGCACCUCUCUGAGCGGUGGGUGAUGACUCUUUGCUCUCUGCUCUCUCCAGCGUCACGUUAAUCGCCACCUACCUGCUUCCAGAUUUAGAGGUUGAUCCUCUGAAAGGAAUCACAGCAAACCCUCUCUCGCUGCUUUCUUCCAAAUUCCCUCUAAGAGCAAUCCAGCUUGUGUACACGUGUGUGUAUGUUGUGUAGCUUCACUAACUCAUAACAUCCAUCCUCCGUGUUCACUACUUCACGAUCUCCUCUCUUCUUAUGGUUAUCUGUAUUUGAAAACUUAUUUUCUCGAUAUUACCUUGUGGUGUUUCAUCGCCGGGGGAAGAAACUUUUAUUCAGAGUAUUUUAUUUUAUCUUGGAAGCAUCGGAUGGGGGGGGGGGGGGAAGAGUGAACGUGUGCAUCUGUGGCCAAAAUGACUCAACUCCCAACCAGGCCACAACAAAUAGCUCAAAUCCUGUCUCAACUAGGCCAACCCAGGCUAGAACCAGGCCAGACCCAGAGCUAACUGCUCUGAUGCAUGCUGUGCUGGGCCGUGCCGUCCCCGGCCAACAGUGACUCGCGUGGCUCGGUGUCAACUCUUACCUUUUGGAGUUUUCGGUGCCAAAAGACAAAGCAAAGCAAAAGAAAAUGUACUGAGCAAACAAAAAAAUGCAGCAGCCAUAUGUGUUUAUUGAGUGUGUGUGUGUGGAUGUGUGUGUGUGUGUGUCUGUGUCAAGCUUUGUGUUUCCUCCCAUGCACAUGCUGUGUAUGCAUCCAUCUGUGAACAUGCAUGUGUGUCGUUGUACAUGUGUUGGCAGCAUGUAACCCCAGUGUGUUUUCAUACCAGUAUUGAUACGUUGGGAUCACUGUUCUGUAGAAACUGGGGUUUGACUGAUGUUUCCAAAAUUCAAACCAGAUCAACCAGUCGCUCAGUGGCCUGCUGGUAUGAUGGAGGCUCCUCCGGACCACAGGGACUGAUAAGUGUUCUGAAAUACACCGACAUUAGAAGAGGACAAUCGUCAAAAUGGUCUUCACAAUCAAAUCAGAUUAAAAAGUCCUGGAUGAUGACGUUAAACUGAAGAAUACAACCAAACAUAUUGAGUUUGAUCUCAUAUCGUUCAUAUCGGACGAACAUGAAUCCGAUAAUGUCUCUGAAAGGCUGAAUUUGGCAAAUUGUUAUCUCCCAAUCCAUAACUCAGUCGGGCUCCAUCCAUCUUUUAAACACUUUUAAAGCAUUUCAACAUCUUUCACUGAACCCCCCCCCAAACGUACCAAACAUCACUAUCAGCGGUUAAGGCAUCGGUCAAACCCUGGUGGAAGGCAGCUGAUCCGAGUGAAGGAGACAUCUUGUGGCCUUAGGACAGGAGGAAGGAGCUGAGGUGGUCCGCUCGUCCCUCGUCCAGCUGCAGAGACACGUCCCGGAUCUAAUCCUCGUUGCGCUCAGUAUCGAGACAAUGAUCAGCUGGAGGAGGAGUUGUGUUGCACUGAACACGCGUGUGUAGUGGACGUGUGCGUGACAGUGGGAGCGGGACAGUUUAUGUGUUCAAGAAUUUUGGGCUUUUCUCCGUGCUACGGUUCCUUUUUUUGUUGUUUAUAUCCCUAUAUAUUGUUCACGUGUGUAUUAUUAUCAUAUUUAGUUUGACGACUUGUUUAUUCAUGGAAACAAAUGAAAAACAAACAAUAUUAUUGAUUUUUUGUUUUAUUUUCAUGUUUUUCUGUUGUUGUUUUUUUCUUCAAAUUGUAUGUAAUUAUUUUUCCACCGUAUUACAGAAAAUAAAAGAAGACAUGGCUUUCAUAAACA